AUGGUUAAGUUGUGCGAUAUGGCAUUAAAGCAAGUUUGGAUUAUUCCUUUCUUAACAUGCAUAUUUACCAUUUCUGCGGCAUUUGUCUCCUUUCUAAGUCAAGAAAUCGAAAGUUAUUUUGUGGCAUUGUCAGAAAAACAUAUCACAGCAUUUUGGCCAUAUAUAAGUGAUAGUGGGACCUUACCGCCAGAAAGCUGCAUUUUCGGGCAACUGCUCAACCUUUCUGCUUUAUUUUGUGAUAGCAAUAACUGUAUACUUAAGACAUCGGCAACUAAUCGAAUUUUAUUGGCACCAUUUAGAACAAAAAUAAUUUUUGAAUACAAAUAUUUAAUUUUGCUUUCAAAUUUUCAAAUUCAAAUUGAUGAAUUAAAUUUACUGAUUUUUACUACUGAUAUCGUUUCUUGCAAAAGACAGCCGUUACUAAUGAAACGCGAACAAUUAGUAGAAUUCUUUAAUUUGCAUAUGAAUAUAAGUAGAGACGGAAAUUGGAGAAAUUACUGCUCUGUAUUUUUGUGGUUAGGUUAUUUAUCAGCAUUUGGAAUGAGUAUGGUUGGCAAUUUUCAAGAGGUCAAUAUGAUCAUUGUGCAUUAUACGGGUGCGCUGUUGGCCUUUGGUUGUGGCCUGGUAUAUACUUGGGCUCAGACGGUUUUUAGCUACCGAAUGAGGCCAAUGUUCACAAAAGUUAUCGUCCCACACUGUCGAUUACUUUUAUGCUGCCUUUCGUCAAUUUUUUUCAUUACUAUGAUAAUAUUUGGACCAAUUUUGGGCAAGCAACCAAGAGACACAAUUGACAGUGGCACAUUAUACAAAUGGACCCCAGAAUCUCCCAAUUACGCGGAACACAUGAUCGGUACGUGUUCAGAAUGGUUACUUGCAAUUUGUUUUGAACUUUACGUGCUUAGUUUUGCUUUUGAGUUGCGCAGUGCAAGUUGCCAUGCCCCAAAGUUAAAACUAAACUUAAGUCAGCAAUAUCAGUUCAACAUUGCAUCUUUUAAUAUUAACAGUGAUAGUAUGCUCACAACAGUUAAAAUUCUUUCUAACACUGAUAUUAUCAGCACAGCAAGUAUAAAUAAUAUGGAUUUAACGCAUAAAACGUUAACUUCAAAUCCGUCAAAUUGCGCACAUCAAAUACUUCAGAAUGCUGAAAAUUCAUCUAAUAAUGAUAAUCAAGGCAGUCCCAUUAACCCAGAACCUGUAACUGUCGUGUUUGUUUCUAUCAUAGCAAAGAUUGCUAAAAGAACAUCGCAAAUGAGCGCAGAGAACGGACUUAGACGCUUCAAUCUAAUUUGCAUGAAAACACAAAUAAAUCGAAAUCAAAUUAAAUGGGAGAAUAAAGAACUUUCUAGGACUAAUAUUUUCCGAUCUGCAAAAUUUAGGAUGUUAAUUAUCCAAGAAAUCUACCCAGGACUACCUGAGUAUAAGAUUCACCAGGACUAG